GUCUUUAGAUGGAGAGCUGCCAAAUUAAGGGAGAAGUGAAUGGGCUCUCGAUGGCUCCUGGUCAUGAGUUUCGCGGUACAGAGGCAGUCUCCCUCGGGGCGAAGCCUUCCCCUCGGGGCACCGAGAGGCAACAUGCUGGGUCUGGCCGGAGUGUGGUUUCCCCGCCCCAGUGACUCAGCAAAUCCGCGCCUCCUCCUCCGCCUCUUAUAAGACCCGCGGCGCCGACGGCUUAGUUCAACUGCUGCCCGGCUUGCAUCGCCAUGGCUGGUAAGUAGCUCAUCUCCUCGGCCCAGCCUUACUCUGAUGGGCCCUAAAGUACGCAUCAGGCUGCCCCGCGGAGCCAAGCGAGCAGGUCGAAAAGAGAGGAAGGACGGGGGUGGGUGGGAUCGAUCGAGUCGAGUCUCCAAGGCACAUGCUCCCCCUGCAGGAGUCCUUUCCCGCCUCGAGAGCGUCUCCCUUCGGGUUCCCCGAGGCCCUGCCGCAGCGCCGGCAGCAACUUGCAAGAAGGCGGGUGGCGCCCACCUGGCGGGCCCCCGAAAGGCAGGCAGGGGCCUGCGAGGCUGCGCUGCCCUGGUGGGAGGCGCCGAGGCGGGAGUCUGUCCGCCUCUGUUGCAGCCGCGGCGGCAGGGCGGCUCUCCCGGAGCUUUGGCCGCCCGAGGCGCCUUGCCUUGCCAGGCUCUGCCCUCCUGCUCUCCUUGCAGCUCGGCAGGCGCUGAUCGUGCUGGCCCACCCGGAGCGGACUUCCUUCAACUAUGCCAUGAAAGAGGCGGCUGUCGAGGCGCUGCAGAAGAGUGGGUGGAAGGUGACCGUCUCGGAUCUCUACGCCAUGCGCUUCAACCCGGUCCUCUCCCGGGACGACGUCACCGGUACAUAGGUCUCUGGGUCCCUCUCGCUCCGCUAGGUGUGUCUGCACAGAUUGGCGGCGGCGGCGCCAGCUCGGCUGGGUUUCAGGCCGUUUGGGAGGGGGCGCUUUCCCCAGCCUUCCUGCCUGGAGGAACUGUCGUCGGGGCGAGUACCCGGGACCUUUUGCCGCUCCUUUCCCGGAGCCUCUGGGGGCUCGGCCUCGCCUGCGUGCCUGGACCCACCCUUCCCCCUCUCCCCCUCCCUCAGGCAAGCCGAAGGACCCGCAGCACUUCAGCUACCCGGCCGAAACGGGGCUGGCAUGGAAAGAAGGCCGCCUGAGCAAGGACAUCGUAGAGGAGCAAAAAAAGCUGGACGCUGCCGAUCUUGUCAUCUUCCAGGUGGUUCCCAGAUCAUAGGACGCUAAGGAGUCAGACCACCUGGUCCAUCAAGCCUAGGGUUGUUUAAGUGAACUGUUUCUCCAGGUUUUCAGGCAUGAGUCUACCCCUUCUACAGCCCUUCUCCAACUAUCAUAGAUGGGCACCGGCUUCCUGGGAGGGGAUUUAGAGGGGGGUGACUUUUCACCUGCAUCAUAAGCCUCUUCUUGCCUUAGGCAAGAAGGCUUGUAGUGUUUGACCUGAGUGUGAAUUUUGGCCAUGAAUCUUGCUGACCAGUGAACUCUGGAGAGGCAAAUUUAGGAAGUCCUAAUUCAGUAAAGAGGGUGGGAGCAACACUUUUUUAAAGCUCAGGCUUUAAAAAUUGGAUUCUGGCAAACAUGGAAAUUGUCCACAUAGGGCCUGUACUUCACAGGGGGAAAACAAUAUGCUUCUAACCCCCUGAAUCAUAGAAUCAUAGAGUUGGAAGAGACCACAAGGGCCAUCGAGUCCAACCCCCUGCCAAGCAGGAAACACCAUCAGAGCACUCCUGACAUAUGGUUGUCAAGCCUCUGCUUAAAGACCUCCAAAGAAGGAGACUCCACCUGCUAGAGCUUGACAUUGGAACAAAGUUCCGGAACUAGUGGUUCUAAGGGAAUGCCAUGGGCACUGAAGAGCUUUUUGGGAAUGGUACCUGGACUCUAAAGUACCAUGAAAUGAAUGUGCAACAAGGGCCUCAACCCUUAUCCUAUGGCUCUGCUUCUGUUGCAGUUCCCUCUCCAGUGGUUUGGUGUCCCGGCCAUCUUGAAAGGGUGGUAUGAGCGUGUCCUCACUGGUGGAUUUGCCUACUCCUACAGUGCCAUGUAUGACCAGGGGCCCUUCAAGGUAGGUAUGCAGUGGGGAUUUGGUGGGAGUGAAGUCUUGCUGAUGCUGUAGCCGCCACCACCUUUCAUUCUCUCCAACUGGCCAGUAGCUGCAGCCUCUGUUGUGCAUUUGAGCCCUGCAGUCAGCCUCUUUGGUGCUCUGCAUGAAACAAUAUGGCAGACUCUGGUGGUAGUGGGAAAAGACAGAGGAUUCUGACAAUGACCCUGCCUCUUGGUAUUUUAGAGAAGGGUGUUCUGUGGGACAGAGAAGGUGCAGUUCCUUUCCUCCAUAUUGUGGCAAGAUGAUGAUCAGCUGGGCUUUCACAAUACUCUGCAAAAUGACCCUUGUUCACUAGUUGCUCUCUGCAUGACAGUGUCUCAGCUGCUGUGUAAAGCAUAACUCAUACUUGGUUACUUACAGAAUAAGAAGACUCUACUUUCCUUCACCACUGGUGGGAUGGGCUCCAUGUACACCCCUGAAGGCAUCAAUGGGGACAUCAACAUCCUUCUUUGGCCAAUACAGGUAACAAGGCAACAUUUAUUGUCAAACCCAUAGCUAUUUCUAAGAGAGUUUAAAAAUUAUUAUUAAAAGGUGUAAUACUUAAGUAGAUGGUGCAAGCUUCUGCCUUACACAGAAUUCUUACAGGUUCCUGUACUUGUCUGGUUUGGGAACCUUUGUGUAAUCCAGAGGUUUACAAUCCUGCAUUCCAACCAAUUGGCGAGAUGACUGUUUUUUCAAGAGCUGUAGUUUACUGAAUCCUAGCAGAAAGCCCACAUCCCUUGUGUGCAAAGUUGUAGACAAAUUUUAGGUUUUUAAAAUGAGUAAAAAUGUCAUAGCAGACAUUUAGUAUGGUAACAAAAACACAUACUGUACUGGAAAUGUCACUAUAGAUCUUUUUGUUGGUCCUGAACUUGUUCUAAUUACAUUCCUCCUGCACUAUUUGAAUAUGUAUUUGAUUUGCAAAUGUUCUUUCUUCCUACUCCCCAGAGUGGCACUCUCCAUUUCUGUGGUUUCCAAGUCUUGGCACCCCAGAUCGCUUUCAGUAUUGGCCAUACACCACCAGAGGCCCGCUCCCAAAUCCUGGAGAUGUGGAAGAAGAGAUUGGCCACUAUCUGGGAGGAGACGCCCCUCAGCUUUGCCCCAAGCUACAACUUUGAUUUGAGCUUUGCUGGGGGCUUUCUUCUGAAGAAAGAGGUCCAGGAACAGCAAGAAGAUAAAAAAUAUGGGCUGACAACUGGCCAGCAUCUGGGAAAGCCACUCCUGCCUGAUAAUCAAGUCAAAGCCCAGCAGAAAUAGCAAAUUCUGUUGGUAAAUUGGGACCAAAAAAAGGCCUUUCUGUAGUAAUGCUAGCAGUAAAAGUUUCCUACUUUCACUUUCUCUGGGUUCAUAGGGUCCCUGUAGGGCAGACCUUCCCCAAACCGGCGCCCUUCUGCUGUGUUUGAUUCCAGUCCCAUCAGCCCAACAAGGAUGAUGGGAGUUGAAACCCAAACUCCACAAUGGAGCCUGCAUUAUUACUGUUCUACUCUUUGCAGCCUUAAGAUCCUAGCUUAUAAUCCACAGGUGGGCAACCACCACAGCCUUUCACAUUCCUCUUUGCAGCCCCCAUCUCAGCAAAGAGUACCACCAUACUGCCUUGAGCAACAGAAGAGUUGGCAGGAAGGUCCAACCCUAGAGCAAAGUACUUAGAGCUUGGGUCUUGCACUUCUCCAAGUGCAUAUGCCUGGAGAGUAUCAUAGGUUGUAUCCAAUGUUAGUGCUACUUGGAGCAGACCCAUUGAAAGUAAAAGGCAUAUCUAACUUAGGCACACUAAUUUCAAUGCAUCUACACAGAGUAGAAUGUAGUUGUAUAGAACUGUAUGGAUCUACCUGGCUGCUUUUUGUCAGCUCUUCCAUUUCUUGUCAUAGUAGCCUCAAGGUAGUGGGGGUGGGUGGGUGGAGUACAUUGCCUUUACUUCAUUAGCAACCACCAAUCCACAAUGGAUAAAACAAGCUACUUGGCAGUCAAUACCACUUGCACCAGACUUGAGCUGCCAGAGGAGAGGUGCAGUGGCAAUCUGUCUGAAGACAAAACAAGCCACAGAUGCAGCUGAAAAGAGGGCAGCUGGGAAGAGUGGUAAAGACAACUGGGCUCCCACCUUCCCCAGCUGGAAUCAGCCACAGCACAGGAAGGCAGGGGCAGAGUUCCCUGGCAAUAAAUGGUGCUCCAGGGGGUGGGUGGUGGGUGGGAAAAAGUGUAAUUAACUGGCGUGGAAGGUGAAGGGUUGCUUUAAAUCCUCUUAGUUUACUUGCUGGUAGUAGGGAUUAAUACUACUUGAGAUUUUUGUACUUUGGUAAUAACUUUCACAUGUACUAAUAACAAAGCCAGGUGUUGCCUCUAUUAGUCAGGUUUGUUGGAAUGUCAUGUAGAUUUAUACAAGUCUCUCUUGCGCCAGCAGAGAAAUUUAGAAUAAAAUACUUUAAACCCUUCUCUUGCAG